AUGCUAAAGUUACGGCCUGAAGCAGCGGCCAAGGGAGCGUCGUAUCUUUCAGUCCUCCUGAGGGCCGAAAAGGAGGUAGACACCAAGGAGCUGGGCAUAGGGCCCCUGAGGAUCCGUUCAACGGCAACAGGGGCCCGCAUCAUUGAGGUGCCCGGCUCCACCAGUGCGGACAAAGCCGACGCUUUGGCCGCAAAGCUGAGGUCCGCACUGGCGGAGGAGGUGGUGGUGUCGAGGCCCGUGAAGUUCACGGACGUGAGGGUCACGGGCCUCAACGAUGCGACGACGGCGGACCGGCUGAUAGCCGCAGUCGCGCGAGAGGGGGGCUGCACCGAGGCCCAGGUCAGGGUGCGCAGUGUGCGACCUGGGCUUCGCGGCACAGGCUCUGCCCUGCUGGAGGUGCCGGCUAUGGCGGCCAAAAAGCUGCUGCAGCUGGGCGGUAUCUCGGUAGGGUGGAGCCAGGUGCGGCUUUCCUACAUGGAGGCACGACCCAAGCACUGCUUCAAGUGCUUGGUAAUGGGGCACGUCGCAGCCGCGUGCCCCAGUCCUAAAGACCGCAGCGGUUUAUGCUCCCGUUGCGGCGAGGAGGGCCACAAGUCCGCCCAGUGCUCCGCGUCACCGCGCUGCGCUGUUUUCCUGCAGGCCAACGGGAACCACGCCGCCGGGGCUCAGGACCUUUUCCUGCAGUCCAUGGUGGAGUGGGCCGUUGACGUGGCGGUCAUAGCGGAGCCGUACUAUGUCCCUGCCCAACCUCAUUGGGCGGGAGACACGGGCGGCUCCGUGGCGAUCGUCACGCGGCCGGGCGCCGUGCCCCCCCUCACAGUCAAGGCGAGGGGCCACGGGCUCAACCGGGAACUGGCUGAGGAAGCGGCCGUUGUCGGCCGCUGGAGUCUCCCGGGGAGUGCGGAGUUGGGGGUGGACGAGGGGGCUAGUCGCUUUGGGGACGUACUCCAUAACGUCUGCAGAGCGGCGAUGCCCCCCGUUAGACGUCCACCCCCACGGGGUGCGGUAUACUGGUGGUCGGACCACAUUUCCGACCUCCGGGUCGCCUGCAACGGAGCCAGGAGGGCAUACACCCGCAGCAGGCGACGCCGACCCCAGGACGAGGAGCAAGUAUGGGAAACCGAAAUUAAAAUGUUCAUUAUUUGUGCAAUUUUGUUAUCAGUUGCAUUACAAUAUAAUGUAUAUUCUAGGGAGUUAGGUCAAAGGCGUCUGUACUCUCUGGAGGAGGCUCCAACACUUUUCGAACAGUUUAUAAAAGAUUACAAUAAAGAGUAUGAUGAGAGCGAGAAGGAAGAAAGGUUUAAAAUAUUUGUGAACAAUUUAAAGGAUAUUAACGCUAUGAACGAGAGGAGUUCGAAUGCUGUUUACGGUAUCAAUAAGUUUUCGGAUCUGAGCAAAGAAGAAUUCAUGAAAUUUUAUACCGGUCUGAAACGAGAAGAGAGUCCAUCGAAUGAGGAUCAUAAAAAAACUGAUUUGCCAGAAUCAUUUAAUGUUACUGCACCGGAUCAAUUUGAUUGGCGAAAGAAAGGAGUUGUCAGCAGCGUAAAGAUUCAAGGAGAUUGUGGUUCAUGCUGGGCAUUUAGUGCAGCUGCUAAUGUCGAAAGUAUACAUGCUAUAAAGACUGGUAAGCUCAUAGACGUGUCUGAGCAACAACUACUGGACUGUGAUAAAUAUGAUUCGGGAUGUUCAGGAGGACUCGAAUGGAUUGCCAUGAGAUAUUUCGUCGCUAAUGGUGCAAUGUCUUUGAAGUCUUAUCCUUACGUUGCUAAAGAAGGAAAAUGCCGUUAUGAUAGCAGUAAAGUUGAAAUAAGAUUAAAGGAAUAUAAACACAUAAAAAAUCUAUCGGAAGACCAAAUUAAGGAACAUCUUUACAAUAUCGGACCGUUGAGUAUAGCUAUAACGUCAUCAGGACUUGCAUGGUAUAUAGAGGGAAUUCUGAUUGAAGGGUGUCAUGUCAGUUAUAUAGUCGAUCAUGCUGUUCUUUUGGUAGGAUACGGAACAGAAAACGGCGUUGACUACUGGAUCGUCAAGAAUUCUUGGAGUCCGGAUUGGGGGGAAGAUGGUUAUUUUAGAAUGAAGAGGGGAGUGAAUUGCUUAUUGGUAACUGAAUGCGGAAUUACAACAGCUGGUGGCAGCGCAUCCGGCAAAAACUUUUGCGGAUGUCCAUGGGCAACACCACCUCCAUCAGCGGCACAUUGGUCAUUAGAAGUAUGGGAAACCGAAAUCAAAAUGUUCAUUAUUUGUGCAAUUUUGUUAUCAGUUGCAUUACAAUAUAAUGUAUAUUCUAGGGAGUUAGGUCAAAGGCGUCUGUACUCUCUGGAGGAGGCUCCAACACUUUUCGAACAGUUUAUAAAAGAUUACAGUAAAGAGUAUGAUGAGAGCGAGAAGGAAGAAAGGUUUAAAAUAUUUGUGAACAAUUUAAAGGAUAUUAACGCUAUGAACGAGAGGAGUUCGAAUGCUGUUUACGGUAUCAAUAAGUUUUCGGAUCUGAGCAAAGAAGAAUUCAUAAAAUAUUAUACUGGUCUGAAACGAGACAGGUGUACAACGACUGAGCAUCAUAAAAGUACUGAUUUGCCAAAAUCAUUUAAUAUUACUGCACCGGAUCAAUUUGAUUGGCGAAAGAAAGGAGUUGUCAGCAGCGUUAAAAAUCAAAGACAUUGUGGUUCAUGCUGGGCAUUUAGUGCAGCUGCUAAUGUCGAAAGUAUACAUGCUAUAAAGACUGGUAAGCUCAUAGACGUGUCUGAGCAACAACUACUGGACUGUGAUAAAAAUGAUUCGGGAUGUUCAGGAGGACUCCCAUGGAAUGCCAUGAGAUAUUUCGUCGCUAAUGGUGCAAUGUCUUUGAAGUCUUAUCCUUACGUUGCUAAAGAAGGAAAAUGCCGUUAUGAUAGCAGUAAAGUUGAAAUAAGAUUAAAGGAAUAUAAACACCUAGAAAAACUAUCGGAAGACCAAAUUAAGGAACAUCUUUACAAUAUCGGACCGUUGAGUAUAGCUAUAACGUCAUUAGGACUUGCAUGGUAUACAGGGGGAAUUCUUAUUGAAGGGUGUCAUGUCAGUUAUACAAUCAAUCAUGCUGUUCUUUUGGUAGGAUACGGAACAGAAAACGGCGUUGACUACUGGAUCGUCAAGAAUUCUUGGAGUCCGGAUUGGGGGGAAAAUGGUUAUUUUAAAAUGAAGAGGGGAGUGAAUUGCUUAUCGGUAACUGAAUGCGGAAUUACAACAGCUGUUAUAUAAAACAAUAAAUGUUUGAAAUAGA